AUGCCAAAACCUGACGGCAUUUACAUUGCCAUAGAGUCUGUGAUUGCAGUGCUUGCCAUCCUGGGUAAUGUCCUGGUUAUUUGGGUGGUGAAAGUUACCCCGGAGUUUCAGAAGAAGACCAUCUACUACUUUAUUGCCUCACUGGCAGUUGCCGAUAUCGCUGUGGGGCUCGCCAUGCCAGUGGCCAUCGUGGUGAGCUUAGGGAUCCCGAUGGCGUAUGAAGGCUGCCUGUUCAUGUGCUGCCUGCUUAUGAUUUUUACUCAGGCUUCCAUCCUGUCCUUGCUCGCCAUUGCGAUUGACAGAUAUUUGAAAGUGCAGCUGCUGACCCGGUAUAAAAUAACUACUGAAAAAAGAGUCUGGAUCAUUCUGGUAGCAAUCUGGUUCUUAUCGCUACUGGUGGGUUUUGUUCCCAUGUUUGGUUUUGCACACAAAAAAACAGAUAACUCAAACUACACUAAAUGCCAGUUUACCAAUCUUAUGAAAAUGGACUACUUGGUAUACUUGAGCUUCUUUGCCGGCACCCUUGUCCCACUGAUCCUCAUGUGUAUCCUUUACACAAAGAUUUUCUGCAUCAUCCGAACAAAGCUGAAACACUGUUCAAUGACUGUCAAAAGGCAAGGAAUAUUUUAUAGACAUGAGUUCAAGACUGCCAAAUCCUUGGCCCUGGUCCUCUUCUUAUUUGCUCUCUGUUGGCUGCCAAUAUGUAUCAUGAACUGCAUCACAUAUUUUGGUUCAUAUUCCAUCCCACAAUGUGUGACAUCCAUGGGCAUCCUUCUCUCUCACUCCCAUUCAGUCAUGAACCCCAUCGUCUAUGCUUUCAGAAUAAAGAAGUUCCGAGGAGCUUGCCUUCAGAUUUUAAGAACCUAUAUUCUACAUACGGAUCCAACACGUGAUGCACCUAAUGUAAACAUUUCAUCGAAGCACUAUAGAUGUCUUCUGGAGAAUCAGACCAUUGGUGUACCUAGCUCUGAUUAUCAGCAGCUCACCAAGAUCUCAAAUUUCCAUGAAUUUGCUACUAAAAAUUGUAUUUAA